AGGUUUAGAGAUUUUUCUGUGUGAUUGUCAAAUAGGUCAUGUGCCAAUUGUUAUUUUACUCCCUGUGUGAAAACCGAACCGAUUCAUCAAACCGAGAUAGAACAUUAACUGCGCUCGGAAAUCUUACACUACUAAAAGCUCGAUAUACUGAGCCGAGAGCUAUGAUACGUAGGACAGUUUAUUCGGACCAAUCAGAAACAUGCUUUUUGCCACGUCAGAUGGCCUCACGGAUUGCUUUCGUUUAAACUCACGGGCCUUGGGGUUUUAUUUCUUUGCCCCAUCCGACGCAGCACGAAGCCCAAAUACGAAGCACGAAGCCCACACGUUAGACUGCUUGACUUUGCCCCAUCCGACGCAGAUCACACAAUUAUACCUAGCCGUCGAAGAUGGCGAUUCUUCUCACCCGUCCCUCUUCGUCUUCUCCGAUCGAAAUCAACGAUAACCAAGCGAUCCACAUUCAAUACUUUCGUACCAAUCAAUCAAUACCUCCUUAAAUGAUUUCGUUUCACCUCCCUCUCUUCCUCCUCCUUUAUAUGCUGUUCUUCUUUUCUUCGUACUAACUAAAACCCUAGAACCACUCAGAUCUCAAACCAUGGCGAUGAAGCGAAAUGGAAAGUCUCCAGUCUCAUCCGACACUGACGAAAAAUUCAUGUUCUUCAAAGAUGUCUCUCUAGGUCCUCAUGAAACUCAGUUGCGCUUCCGGCUCAUCCAUUUCUGGGAGGCUCGAAAUCCGGUGAAGAAGACAAUUAUUGGCCUGGAAAUGCUCCUCAUCGACGAGCAGGGAACUGUCAUUCAGGGAUUCAUCCCACCAGGACGUAUCAAGAAGUACUUGCCUGAUUUGAAGCAAGGGUCAGUUUAUAGGCUCAACAACUUCUACGGGUCGAAAAACAAACCUAUGUAUCGGGUGGCUGAUCAUAUCGCAACCGUGUCUUUCACAUGGAAUUCUGAAUUGUCGGUUCUUCACGAGAUUCCAACCUCUUUCGAUGAAGACCGUUUCAGGUUUCAUUCAUAUGAAGAUUUUGAAGCUAACUGUGAUCUCAAAGAUGACCUCUACGGUAAGCAUACUAAUUUUAAAAAACAUAUCUCAGUUACAUUGCUUUAUGUUUUGUUGUAGUUUUAGUUUAUCUUCCUGCUUUGGUAAAGAAAUCUAGAAUUUUGUUGGGUUAACUAAUCAGUUCAAGUAUUCGGUUUCUAGAUUUUUAUAUUAACCAUCUAAAUUACACUCUUCAUAAAAAUGUUUUAGAUGUUGUGGGCCACAUGAAGCUGGUCAAUGGACAUACUCUUAUUGAGCGUCCCACACCUGAUGAAGUGAAGAUCGAUACCACUCGACACAUUAUGGUUCAUGUGCAAUCGCAUGACGGACCUGUCAUGAAGCUCUACCUUUGGGACCAGGCUGCAACAGACUUCUGCAAGAAGUUUAACUCAUAUGACAACACUCCCACAGUGCUUUUGGUCACAGCUGUUAACACCAAACGUCUCGGAGGUACCCUUGCACUGACCUCUAUGUCUCCCUCACGGGUUUUCAUGGACUAUGAUGUCCAGCCAACCAUAGAUUAUUUCAACUGGUAUGUAUCUCCAUCUUUAGUAUCUAUUAUAUACAGGUUCAUGUGAAGCGCACAGUUAGACAUAUUGAAGUGAAUGACUGAAUCAAUGUUUUUAUUAUGUGUUAGGCUCGGCUCAAACCCGGAGAUUGCUAAGCAAGUUAGUGCAUACGUCGUCACCAAGCUUGAGACACUGACUAUAGCAGAUAUAUUCAGUUACAUGAAGCAAGAAUCUGCAAAGGUAAAAAUAAAGCUAUAUACUUCUUACUCAGUUUGAAACACUAAGAUUUUUAUAUCAAAUGCUUAUAAAAUGUCGCAGGAUGCCUUUUUUGAAUGCACUACUACUAUCGAUGAUGUUGUUCAUGGCUCAGCUUGGUACUAUAUUGGAUGCAGUGGAUGCCAUGCUAAGGCUACCAAAGGCGCAACAUCUUUGGUUUGUACAAACACGAAAUGUGAGAAGAUCAACACAGCUGGUGUCCCUCAGUACCGUGCAAAGAUAUCUGUUUAUGACAACAGUGACCAAGCCGUUUUUGUCCUACUAGGUGAUGCUGGUCGUGUGUUAACCGGAAGGCACGCAUCAGAGUUAGUUAGCAACUACUUUGAGGCUAAUGGGAGUGAAGGAGCUGACCAUUUGGUGCCUGUCCCGGAAGCUCUAAUCAGCACCAUCGGACAGACACAUAAGUUUUGUGUGAAAGUUACACAGCACAACUUCUCUGGCGAUACCCGAGCCAUAACUGUCACCAAGAUCCUCUCUCUAGACACACCACCACCCACAGAAGCCUCUGUUGGAAGCAACAUUGCUGCCAUGUCCGGGGAGACAGUGCAGACUGAGAAUGAAGUUUGUGAACCUUUCAAAACCCGUGGUGAUUCUGCAGAUGAGGAGAGUAUAAGGACGUUUGACAGUGUUGAUCCAGAGAAAGCCAAACGCCCAAGACGUGAUGAUUAAGCUUCGGUUCAUGGAUGUUUAAGUCUUUGCUAUAUAGUUCAAGCAUAGACUUGGUUUUUCUUAAGUUUGCUUCAGUUUAAGUACUAUUUUGGUUUAUCUAAAGACAGUGCAUUGUUUCUUUCCCUUUCAGACUUUGUCUUUUAAUCUUUGAACUACUUUUUUAUAAUCA